GUCGUCGCUAUGGACAGAAUAGAAUUCAGUGUAAACGGCAGACAAUACUCUGUUGGUGCUGAUGUAGAUUCUGACGUCUCUCUCAACGACUACCUUCGCAAUGUACUCAAUCUACGCGGCACUAAGUACAUGUGUCAAGAGGGUGGUUGUGGCGCCUGCAUUGUCGCUGUUACCACCGUUGAUCAAUUUGGUAACAAGAGGACGUUCUCUGUUAAUUCUUGCUUAGUAUCAAUAACAUCGUGCGAAGGAUGGGAGGUAACGACAGUGGAAGGUAUCGGUGGCAGGGGACGUUACCAUCGCGUGCAGAAGACGUUGGCGGAGUACAACGGCAGUCAAUGCGGGUACUGCAGUCCUGGAUGGGUUAUGAGUAUGUACAGUUUACUAGAAGCAAAUAAUUAUAAACUGACCAAAGAUGAAAUAGAGAAAUCAUUCGGUAGCAACACAUGUCGUUGUACAGGAUAUCGACCUAUUCUUGAUGCUUUCAAGAGUUUUGCCAAAGAUGUGCCUGACAUUGAAGACUUAAGUCUUUGUAAAGACAAAGCUUGUAGCAGUAAAUAUGAUGAUUGGUGUUUUAUAGAAGAAAAAACUAUUGAAGAUAAAAUAAAACAGAUUAAUCUAAAAGAUGGUAACGUUUGGUACAGAGUAUAUAAAAUAGAAGAUGUAUUUGAAGUAAUUAAAACUAAAGGAACGAAUCCUUAUAUGCUAAUCAAUGGUAACACAGGAAAAGGUGUUUUUCCGAUUUUAAGAUAUCCAAAAAUAUUAAUUGAUAUAAGUUCAAUAGACGAACUGAAAACUUAUUACAUAGAUCAAAACCUUGUAAUUGGUGCUGGUAUGUCUAUAACAAAUGUUAUGGAUCUGUUCAAAGAAAUAUCAGAGAAGAAAGAAGAAUUUAAAUAUUUAAAGAAAAUGUAUGAACAUUUAGAAUUAGUUGCUCAUAUACCCGUAAGAAAUAUCGGAACUGUUGGAGGUAAUUUAAUGUUAAAGCAUAAACAUCCGAUAUUUCCUUCAGAUAUUUUUCUACUAUUUGAAGCUGUCAGUGCAACAAUUGCAAUUAGAAACGACAAAGAGAUAGUUGAAAUGGAUCUACAAAAAUUUCUAUCCACAGAUAUGAGUGGAAAGAUUUUGACAGAAAUAAAAUUACCGCCAUUGUCAUCGAAUUAUCAUUUCGUAUCUUUUAAGAUCAUGCCGCGAUCACAAAAUGCGCCUGCGCAAAUCAAUGCAGCAUUUCUUUACGAAUUAGACAGAGUCAAAGAGACAGUGCUAUCUUCGACUAUAGUAAUUGGAGGUCUAUCAGUUAAAUUUGUUCACGCACAAAAAACUGAAGAUUACUUGCGCGGAAAGAAAUUAUUCACAAAUGAAACAUUGCAAGCAGCGUUGAGAGUACUCGAGAAAGAAAUCAUCGUGAAAGAAAUGAAGGGAUAUUCAAAAGCAGAAUAUAGAAAGAAAUGUGCUUUGGGAUUAUUUUAUAAGGUAAGGAAAGGUAGCGAAUGA